AUGUGGCACAUUGCGCUUGUAUUGGUAGCCUUAACAGCACGACCUGCACAGGCGGUUGUCGGUGGUGAACCGGCUUCGCCUCCCGAGCCAGAUGCAGCCGUGAUCUUUACUCAGCUUCAUGGUUUUAGUGCUCGAAUUGAAGGAAUCAAGGAUGAUCGGCUGGGAUACUACAGCUUCUUCGGUAUAAGAUAUGCAGAACCCCCUGUGGGCCCUCGUAGAUUCCAGCGUCCAGUCCGACAAUACCUCGCUGGUGAGAUGAUGGCUGUAAAUCAAUGUCUGCCAUGCCCUCAGCGAGACCCUUAUUACCCACAACGUGUCAUUGGCCACGAGGACUGCUUAUGCCUUAACAUUUAUGCUCCUAAGAUGCCUGCUGAGGAACAAGGUAGUCCUGUUGUAUUCUUUAUUCACGGGGGCAAUUAUAUGACAGGUUCAACAGCUGCUUACGGUGGUCAACACCUAAGUCAGAAAGACACGAUUCUGGUGACUGCUCAGUACCGCUUAGGAUCUCUAGGAUAUCUCAGCACUAACCAGAAAGACGCUAGUGGAAACGUUGGCCUCUUCGACUUGCACACAGCCAUGCUAUGGAUUCAAGAUUAUAUCCAAUUCUUCGGUGGUGAUCCAAAACGCGUGAUCGUCAUGGGCCAAGGUUCCGGAGCCAGCGCUGCAUCUCUUUUAGCUAUGUCUCCUGAAGGUCGUAGUGCUACUGGCGUGGCUGCGCUCUCAGGAACACCGCUUUCUCCGGGAGCCAUUAGACCAGACCCUGCAAAACAUGCGGACACUAUUGCCGAACGCACCGGAUGUCCUAAAACACCUGCUGAGAGUCUACUCAUAUGUCUUCGUCAACUUCCUCAUGAGAAAAUUGUACUGGCAGACAACGAUAUGAAUAUGGACAUGGUGGACACUCAGAAAUUCUUGGAUGAAGUUUCAGGGCGAUCAGGUGCUGGCGCAAGAGUAGAAGGUGAAGAUGAUUUACGAGGUUUACCACCACUGGUAGCUGAUGCACCUGCUGAGUCACUUAAAAAGAAACAAAAACGUGUCCCUAUGCUCACCGGCGUCACCUCCGCGGAAACUUCUCGAGCAGUGUUCGGCAAAUUUAAUAAAUUCUUAACAAACCAAAUUCAGAACGUGAAGGACUUUUUAAAGAAAGAUUUAGUCGGGGGUCUUCAAAAUGUGGUAAAAGAUGUAGGUGGUCUGAUCCCCUUCGCUUCCCAAGUUCAAACGCUCUUGCCCAUCGCUGACUAUUACACUAAUAAUUUAUUGGAAAAAUCAUUUACAAUAGCUGACGGACUUGCCAAAGUAGCAGAAGCCACAGGUGAUGCACUAUUUAACCUUCCUGCUUAUCAGAGCGUCCAGCAAUGGAGUUCCGGCGGCAAGGCCUUUUUGUACAGCUUCGAGCACGUUGGGAACCUCUCCAAAGGGUGGCACUUCUUGCCCGGAGUUCCUCUAGCAGAAAAAUCUGAAAAUAGUUCAAUGCAAGUGCCACAAAAUGUACAAGGACCUUCCCAUGGCGAUGAACUGGCAUAUAUUUUUGAACCACUGGAUUCGGAUGGAAAACCAGUAGGAGGUGAAGUAUCUAGCACCGAUGCCCGCGUCAGGGACAACUUUGUGGGAUUGAUUGCCAAUUUUGCGCAUGGUGUAGAGGAUGAGGCUGGCAAAAAAAAGAAUGGGGCUGCUAACAAGAAUCUUUUUGAUUCUCUUUUGUCUAGCCCAGACGGUAAAAAUAAUCAAUUUCUGAAAAUUGGUAAUGAGAUGACCAUUUCUAAAGAUUUCAGAUUCUGUCAACUCGGUUUAUGGGGUAAUAUGGCGGAUAGACUUACCGGAGAUGUCUGCAAGAACUUACUAGGUAAUUUAUUAGGUAUAACCGGAUCAUUGGCAAAACCAGACAAGGUAGCGCAAGGUUUAACGAACCAAUUGACACAGGCUGGAAAUGUAGGACAAUUAUUACCAGUACAGUCCAGCCAAUCACAAAACCAGUUACCAGGACUUGGAGGAUUGGGAGGAGCGGGUGGCUUUUUGAGCAACAAUAGACAGUCAUCUAUCAGACCUCAAAAACAAAAGCCUAUUUUCCCAGGAUCCGAUGGUUUGUUUGAUUUUUAA